AUGACCGAUUCACAAUUAGUAGCGCUAUGGUACAAUCAAAAGGCGGCUCUCGAGCACAAUCGAUUGAAUGACUACCACCUUGAGUUCUCCAUAUCGCUGAGAGUGAUUGAUCAAUGCUGCUCUGCAUCCGUCGAACUGGCACGACAAGGCCAUUCAGUCACACUGGUUUAUAUCUCCCGGUCGGAGCUUGAGCUAGCUAAGUCCUUCGCCAUAGAGUCUGGUCCACAAACCGUCUUCACAACAUCCACCUAUGACUUAAUUCUCUGCCAGGGCCCAAUGCAUCACCUCCUUGCGGAAUCCGAACGUACACAGGUCCUCUGCGCUUGCGCUUCUAUGCUUCGUGCCAACGGGAUUGUCGUGGUCGCAUUUGUCAUGCAAUGCGCGCAUUUGAGGGGUAUCGCCCAACGUGAUCCAGAUCGCCUCGCGGUGGAGUUCGAUAUUUUUUAUCGCGAGUAUCUUUCUUCAGGGAGGUACACACGGAAUCUUUCCGUGGCUUCGUACCAUACCAAUGCUGAUGGGAUACUGAGGACUCAGGAUAGUGUCGAGCUUGCUUUGGCCCGCGUUGUACCUUGCGAAGGGUUUCUCGGGAGAGGAUUGGCCGGGAAGCUGGGCGAUCUACCACCGGACGUAUACGAGCGUUGUGAUGUAGUUUGUUGA